AUUAAAGCAGCCCGCACAUAAGGGGUGCCAGCUGAGAAAGUGUAGGGGAAAACUUUUUCGAUUUUAUAAAGUGGAAUUAGCUGGUCGAAGAGAUAAACAUCACUGAUAUAGCUGGUGGUUUCUUGCACUUUUCUCACGAAGGCCAACUGGUCUUGGUCUUUGGUAAAGAUGCAAAACGUACGGGUGAAAGAGAAAGUGCGAAAACGCUCGUUGGCGAUGCAAAGUUACGAAAAUAGGCGGCUCAAAGUGUUGGCUCUCUGCUUGAUGCUGUCCGUUUCGACCUUGCUGCCGACGACCGAUGCGCUGAAACUCAGUAAGAAUCGCAGUAAAUCGUCCUCCUCCUCAUCUUCGUCGGGCCGUGUUUCAAAGCCGAGCUCGUCCUCGUCGUCCUCAUCUAGCUACAGCAACCCGGGUUCGCUCAGCUACGGCAGCUCGUACCAGCAAAAACCCAAACCAUCCGCUCCCGUCGCCAGCCCCGGUACGUCGAACCAAGCCAAUAUAGGAUGGAAUGUGAAUAGCCAGGCGAAACCAGCUGGCGCCGUUCAAUCGGCGGGUAAUAAACCACCGUACCCGGUCCAACAGAGUGUUCCCGUUCAGUCAAGUGCUCCGAAAGCACCCCCGUACCCCGUACAGUCAAGUGCUGCGAAACCACCCCCGUACCCCGUACAGUCCAGUGCGGCGAAACCACCGUAUCCGGUACAAGCGACCCACAACACGCACCAAACUCACUCGGCCCCGGGUGCUCCGCCACCAUACUCGCACGGACCACCACCACCUUAUUCCGCCGCAAAUAAUCCGAAUGUGAACUCGCGUUUCGAACCACCCCCGGUCUACACUGCAGGAAGCCAGUCUGGUUUCAGACCUGGGCAGCCUGGUUUUGGUCAACCGGGAGCAUACGGACAACCGGGUGGUUUCGCACAACCGGGUGGUUUCGCACAACCGGGUGGUUUUGGACAACCUGGUGGAUUUGCGCAACCGGGAGGCUACGGACAUGGGGGAGGAUUCGGACAACCGAUGGGUGGAGGCUAUCAUCCUCCGGCAGGUGGAUUUGCCGCUUCGCAUGGCUCUUUCCAGGGUGGCGGUGUUGCCCCUCCAGUGAACUAUGCUCCGGCCCCGUCUUUCCCGAUCGCUGCUAUCCCCGCGGGCGCCUAUAAGCCACAAUCAUCCGGAAUCGGUGUCGGUGGUAUUGCGGCUGGUAUCGGAACGGGUUUGUUGGCGGGAGCCGCAGGAUCGGCUAUUUAUAAUGCUCUUCGACCGGACGAUCGCAGCCAGUACCGUGAACGAGUGACCAUCAUUAACAAUAAUCCCGUGGCUGCAGCUCCUGUCGAAGGAGCCGCUGCAGCAGCGCCAGCGGCAGCCCCUGCUGCAGCUCCAGCAGCUGCACCGGCCGCUCCAGGAGUAGCAUCAGCUCCAGCUCCAGCUCCAGCUCCGGUCGCCCCAGUAGCGGGAGCACCUCCAGUAGUCCCUGGACCCGAUGGACAGGCAUCCGUACCACUCGCACCAAUGCCAGGUGCUACCGAUCCUGGCUCGAAUGGCCAAUCGGCAUCGCCACCAGGAGUCCCGGAUGCUCCGGUGAUUUUGAAUCAAAACGCCACCACCGAACAACAGGCAGCGACGAACGAGACGGAAGUCAAAACUCCUCUGGCAGAAUUUCCACAAACUCCCCUCGAAACGACCACGGUCGAUCCGAAUGCGAAGCAAUACAUCCCACCUCCGGGCCAGUACUAUCCAGCUACCGGACAGUACGUUCCACCAGGUGAAUACGAUCCGGCCACGGGUAUCUUCACCCCAGGACGCUACAUCCCCGAUACGAACAUCUUCCAAUCUGGCCAGUACGAUCCACUGACGCAGUGGUUCUCGCCCGGAAAGUAUGAAGCGAAUGGAACAUUUACUCCGGACCCGAACCAUCCGCCACUCUCCCUGGCUCCGAACCCAGAACCCGGAGCGGCCCCACCUGCUCAACCGGAGACUGUAACGCCUGCCGUCGCAUCACAGUUGAAAACCAAUGGUCAGGCAGCGAGUGACGCCGCUUUGAACACGGUGUCUCUAUUCACGUCCCUCGUUGCGUUCCUCGUAUCAGCUGGGGGCUUCCGGUUGAUCAUUCGCUUUUAACUGACUAACCAGUGUGGCGCUUAUCGCUUCAAACCGCUGUCAUUUAUUGCAUGCGAAAAAUUAACACUCACACGUCACACAAAUUUCUAGUCCUUAAGAUCCAAUUCUAAGGAGAGAGCAAGAAUUUCAGAAAAAAUCACAUGAAGACGAUAAGAGUCUCAUUUGUGAGCUUUUAAAGGUCAAGAGAUCUAUCACGGAACCCCAGUAAAACUUGUUUUCGAGACAGAAUCGCAAAAGCAGAUGAGAGAAGAGCGGGAGGAACACAUUUUCUAAUAAAACUGGUUCCAUCUAUUGAAGAAGAUCAAGAUAAUAACACACCAACUACUAGCUCGCGAUGCUACUGUUAUUGAAGGAUGCUUCUGUCGGGGCAUUUGCAUAAAUCACUUUAUACCUACAGCUAAAAAGAUUGUAAUCUAUAAAUUUUAUGCAAUUCCACUCCGAUAGCCGCUAAACCAUGACAUAAUGUUGAUCCAUUUCACAAUUUUCAUCCCUAGAAUGCAGUUUGUCAAACGUCACAUUACUUUGUUAAUUGAAGUUGAAUCUUACUCAAGAUACGGAUCUUCGGUACGAGCAAAUUAAUUUGCUUAGCAUUUAAAGAUAUCUCAUAACCGUACCAGGUGGAUAGCAGCAUGUUUUUGAAACUCUCAUUCAGUAUCAAACAUUUUUGCUACAAAUUAUGAUCCAUAGAAACUCACACGUUCGUAUAAAUAGAAAUUUAAGGUUACUUGUGGCAAAUUUUUAGAAGAAUUUUUGCUAAAAACAAACAGUCAACACUAUUUACCAGAUCGAAGGGAACUAAUUUUACCUGCUUCUCCAGGAAUGUUGUGUCUUAGCAUAGAACAUGAACCAAUAAUGAACGAUUCACCACGUAGAGUGUAAGAAGCGUAGCGAUCGUGUCUAUGAACAAUUUAUAAUACGCCCUCUCUCUUGAACUUGAUCUACUCUGUCGCCAAAAUGUUGGAAUUUUGUACGUUUAUUCGUAUGUUUUGGAAUAGCUAUUAUCUGAACAAACCAAGCCAAUAUUUUUCCUAUUGGAUAAAACAUGUAUUAUGUUGAACAGUCUUUGGGAGAAGAUUCGAAAUUAUUUUACUUACAUCACAUUUACAUUAAACUUUUUGGGAAAACUGUUGUUUAAAAAUUCAUGUAAGGCCGGUAUUACGGGAACUAUAUUGACAGGACUUAUACAUGCUUGAAAAGCAGAUAAGAAAUGGGUUUGUGAUUUGUAAUGUGCGAUUAGCUUCGAUAUUGGUUUUAUCAGCAGCACGAUUAUUUCACAUGUGUCGAACAAUGCAAAAUACAAAUAAAACUUGAAUUGGA